GAUUGGAGGAAAUCCUUUUUUUAUAAAAAGACAUAAAUCUUUAAAUAUAAAUAAUUUUUUUAAAAAAAAUUGAGGAGUAGCUCUAGGAAUUCUUUUCUAUUUAUGAAUCCUAAAUCAUCAAUUUAUCAAAUCAUCAAUCUUCAAGCUCCUAGAUUUUCGAUAUUAUUCAUAUUUUAUUAUUUAUUACCUUCUUAUCGGACGCUAGAGACAAAAUAUCCUAAAUGCUGUAACUUGGUUCCAGAAUAUUCAUCGUGUCAAAAGGCUUGCGAACAGGUUUCUCUGUCUCUACCUAAAGAUAUACGAUAUCAAAAACUAGCGAAUGUUCAUGCACUCUGUCCUCAAAAAGCUGUUUUUUGGAAAUGCAUGAAUUCGAUCAUCGAUGCUACAGACCAAGCCAAUGGAUGGCUGGGAUGGCCUUGCUGCAAUUUGGCACUCAAACAAAAUUGUUUUUUGAGUUGUGUUACGUCUACCUCCAAGUCACAAUUGACGAAAUCCUGUAGGCAAAGCGAUGAAAUAUCUUUUUAUCAAUGCUUAAAAAGGCAGGAAGAGGGAGAAAUAUGUUGCAGUAACACUGCGAACGAGGAUUGCAAGCAAGCUUGCUGGAGAAUCUUCAAGAAAGAAGCUAGCCCGACUCAAGAUGAUAAAUUGUACGUGGAAAGAAAAUGCGGCUUCAGUGACAAACACGUUUUAAGAUGCAUUCAAAAUUACACUAAAACUACUCCGGCACGUAACCCAGUAGAAAAUUUAAAAUGUUGUCAGGAAUCUUCGAACGCAACUUGUCGGGAGAAAUGUAAGGAGAUACUAUUUAACUCCACUACCGAACAAGAAAUAGUGGAUAAAUUGAAUGAAGUGUGUGGACCCACUUUACCAAAUAAUUUACUUUGGCAAUGCUUCAUACUAAAUUCCGAUGUUAGCGGUAAUAACGACGCAUCAUUAGAUACUAGGAACCUAGAUGGAGAUGAAUCUUAUAUAUUAGAUCAACAGGAUAUGGCUCAUAAUGGCAUUAAUCGGCAUAUGUUUUUGAAUAAUGGCGAAGGAAAUAAUGAUAACCUUAUCUUGAAAUCUGGCUCCUCCAAAAGUGAUUAUAAUGGAAUGGACGAGGAGGACAAUGACAUGUUUAGGCUUAGGAAUAAUGGCGAUAGUCAAAACAGGAUGGGUUCCAUGGAACACCAAGAAAACGGUAUGCUGUACGACAAACAUCAUUAUCACCAAACGUCUAAGCUCGAUAUAGCAGGUCUGGACGCCGUUAAAUUGCAAUGUUGUUUAAAGGCAGUUACCCAAACUUGCGUGGAUCUAUGCACUAAAUCCUACAGUUUGGAGGCUAACAACAAUUGGAGCGAUUUCAGCGAGCAUUGCCAAUAUAAUCCAGUGGAAACGAAUCUAAUAACUUGUUUAUCCGAAGUGGAUGAACCAUGCACAUUGGGAUGCUCAAUUCAUCUACCAUUUUGCGGCCAUCUGUUUAAUCACAGGCCUCUAGAACUUUACCGUUCUUGUAAGCUAGCCUCAGAUAAUUCCGCCCACGAGCUGAUAACAUCUUGGUUUUCCGCAUCCACCAUAAGCUUGCCUGCUUUAGAUAUACCUGUCCUUGAUAUCAAAGAAUGCUUGCCAGAGCAAUGGAGAGCUAUAGCCUGUGUAUUAGAGAUUAAGCCCUGUCAUCCUAUUAGUCACACCAGUUUAAUUUGCAGAUCAGAUUGUAUCAAAAUUUUAAAUAAAUGCUUAAAUCGUGAAAAAUUGAUGCCUGGGCAAAGUCCAGAAGGUCUUUGCAACAUACUUUCACCCGUUGACCCAGAACAGUCAUGCAUAUCUGUAUCAGAAUAUAUGAAUUCGACAUUUCCCACCAAUCCCUUCAACGCGAACAUAAAUGAUCCUACAAAUAAUCUUCAUGACUUAUAUUCUCAUACUGAUACUAAUUUUCUAUACAGCGCAAUAUUUAACGAUAAUAAACCCGUGUACAGUUCGUCUUUACACCCUUACAAUAAUUUACCGUCAACUAUGAUCGGUAGUUAUCAUUAUGCUUCAUCAAUAUUUUGGCCUCUGGUCAGCCCUCCUUUCUCCCAUAUCUUAAAAUCUAUGUUCGCUUUCCAUUCAAACUAUCCUUGUACUAAAUCGACUGAGGCCAAUGUAUGCCGUAAAGAAUCAGUUUGUGUUAUAGAUAGAAGCCUCACUUGCGCGAAUACCUUACCAACUGAACUCGAUAUGAUGCUAUCUAAUUCGCAGGAUACUCAAACGACAGGUUAUUUUGAAUUACCUUUCAGUGCCCAACAGUGUUAUUCUCGUGCCAAAACGGACCAUAUUAAAGAAGGUAAAGAAGAAUAUGAAUCAAAUAAACAUGGACAAGGAUCAAUUGUGGAAAGAAACCUCGGGAAGAGAAAGCUUAGGGGAGCAUUUAGUGAGAGUUAUCACCAUCAAGAUAAUGGAGAUAUUAAACUAAGAAAUGGACAUUAUCAACAUUACUCUAAUAUCGAUACAACUAUAGAACGGCGAGGAGGAUACGCUUGCCAAUCUGGUUGCACCUUGGGAGAAGUUUCUUCAUUCGUCAUACCUCAUGGCUCCUUCGUUCAGUUGCCGAUUAAUGGAAAAGGUUUGAAUUGUCACAGGGUCUGCCUGUGUUCCCCCAUAAGAAAAAACGAUUUAAUUCGUUGUCAUUCCAUUAACUGUUAUGGUAUCAACCAUUGUUGGAUUCAGGAUAGCGUUAAGAUGCACCUAUCUCAAUUCACGAUGGAUUGCAAUUUUUGUUCGUGCCAUAACGGUAAAGUCGUGUGCACACUCCGUUAUUGCCCAUCCAUCUUUUGGACGGAGGAAGAAAAACUAAGUUACACGGGUCUCCCUUGCAAUUGCCCCCAUCAUUACGUUCCGGUAUGUGCUACCAAUGGCAAAACCUACCAUAGCUCUUGUUUGGCAAAAUGUGCCGGUUUAACCCCUGACUCAUACGAAUAUGGUGCCUGUCCUAGCUCUGGUUCAAACGCUUUAGCCGAUGUGUGUAGACCUUUGAGUGAAUUAGAUUAUAUGGAUCCUUGUGGAGUAAAAUAUUCCGUUUACAAGAAUGAUAAGGUAAUCGUUUUUAAGAAAAAUGACGCAACCGGCGAUAAUAACAAUUUAGCUUGCGUACCUUUAAGGCAAGUUUGCCUAUCAUCUUCCAUCGAUAAUCUUAAAUUCAUAUCGGAAAAACACAAUAGACACCAUUUUGAUAACAAUAACAUCAAAAUUUCCAUUUCCACUUGUCCGCAAUAUUUGUGCCUUAACAAGAACCUGGAUUGUUCGAACCAAAAUGCAGGCCGAUCUCAUGCAACUUGUUCCGUAUUUCGCGAUCAUGAUUACAAAUUAUUUUUACCAGACACCUCCGAGUCGAUUCAAACUUCUAUCAGAACUACAAAGUGCCUCAAGAGAUUGCCCUUUGAAACUUACACCAGACUAACCUCAGGAUCAGAAUACAACCCUUAUAUCCAAAAGCAGAACGUGUACAAAUUAUCUUUCCUUUCAAACACCCAAAAUGAUUUUAGCCAGAUGAAUCCCCAGCCGCUAUUAAGUCAAUUGUAUAGACAAAUAGAUACAAGCCAAGAACCAGUGUGUGGUUAUAACGGGGAAACGUACGAUGACGAAUGUCAAGCCUCUCUUAAUGGGGCGUUAAUUGAUUAUGCCGGUCCUUGCUUAACUACUGGAAUUAUAAGUUCAGGUUCAUAUGGAUCUCAAUCUAUAAUGUUAGACAAUCUGAUGCCCAAUUCUAAUUUUGAUUUUAACCAAGUCGAAUCAACUUGCCCAAUCAACGUAGGAGGAGCGGGAGGAAGAAAUUCCUUAUGCGAGAAUGUUAAAAACACAGUUUAUCUCACGGAAGAAAACAUGGAUUUUUAUAGAAGUGAUCUCGAAAAUCGAGGAAACAGAGAUUGGAAUGAAAGAUUAAAUAAUAAAGAGAGCAAUAAAAGGGGAGAUAGGAAGAAAAAGUACACUAUUAGCUGCAUGGGCAUUACACCCCCCGGAGCUUGUUGUCCAGUUUGCGCUGCUGAAAUAAGGGUAUUAUACAGCCAGGAGAUAGUUAAUAGCUUAGCUCAGGAAACUCAGUUUGGACCUAUAACGGUAAAUCAGAUCACGGCUAAACUUAGACGACAUUUGAAGGUUUCUGAAUGCGAUUUGUAUGGAUAUCUAAGCUUAGAGAAAGAUUUAGUCUUUCUAGUUGCUCCCAUUUUAAGUCCAUUAUCCAUGGCUAAAAUAUCGGAUCAUAUUUCGUUAAAGAAACGGGAAAGAGAAGGUGACGAUAGGGUUAAAGAGAGGGAAAAUGAAGAGUCGCGCUUUGUUGGCAAUUUUGAAAAAGGCCGUAACAUGAUAUAUUUAGCAUUGAAGAGUUUAAAAAAGAGCCUUUUUGACUCCAAAAAUGAUGCUAAAAUUCAAGACUCUGAGAAAGUCGACAACAUCGAGUCUAAAAGGAGACAAUUUAUAAGUUCGAACCUAGAUUUGACGGAUUCCCCAAACCUUAUUCUACUAGUUCAAGAAGGCAAAUCUUUGGACACAAAUCACACCUUACAUAGCCAAAGAUUAAUUGACAAGGAAAAACUCGUAGUUCUAUCCAAAUCUCCCUUUCCUACUUCCCCUUUACACGUUGAAAUUUGUAAUAGGGAAGCUCGUAGGUUAUCGGCUCUUAUAAGUUCUCAUAAUCCCACUUUAAUGUCGGAACUUCCUAUGCCCAUUUUACUGGGAGCUAAAGUUAGGACAUCUUAUGCAUCCGUUAGUGUUAGUAGUAAAGCAACAACAUCCUUACUCUCUUUAAACCUCGGAGAUAUAAAAUAUUAUUAUAUUAUUUUAAUUAUCAUAACUAUGAUUAAAUUAUAGCCGAUAAUUUUAUUUUGAUUAUUUAUAUUUCUAAAUAUAAAAUAUUUAUUGUCACGUUUUUUUAAAUAAUAUUAAUAAUUAUUAUGAAAAGUUUAUCAUUCACUUUUAAUUCAUCAAAAAUUGCGUUUAAAACAUCGACAUUAUAAUGCCCUAUGAAAUAUCAAAAGCAUAUUCAGAAAAGACUGUGCUUUCAAGAUUGGAAACAUUUUGCUUAAUGCUUAAAAACCAAGAAGAAAAAGUAGUUUAUACAGCAAUUAAAUAAUUUACUAAUUUUUUGUUAUCGUAUCGUUUCUAUGCAAGGUUAAAGCCAUAUUUUAUAGUAUAUUUAACCCAGUGAUAAAAUGUAAAUUUUGUAAAUAUAUAUAUAUAUAUAAAUUUUUUUUUUGAAGAAAUAGAAAAUAUAAUAAUUAAUUUGUAAUUAUAAAUAUUCUUUAUAAAAAAAAUUCUUCAAAAUGUGAUACAGGGUUUUAUAAUAUAUAUUUUUUUGUAUGCAUAUUAUUUUAAUAAUUAAUUACUAAAAUGUUACCCGCU